GGUGGCCAUGUUUUCCUCCUCAACGGAUAAAAUUGAAAUAAGAACAGAAGUGAGAACUUCUCUACUGCAAUGGCUCACCUCACAGACCUUAAGAGUCUCACGAAAUCCCUACCGGCGAUCCCCAAGCUACCUCUGGAGCGGAAAACCGGAAAACCGGUCGCUUUUGUGAGCAGGAAAACCGGAGAAUCUCAAGAACCGGAUUCGGUACAAACGACAAGAAGAAAGGCGUUAGGGUUCGCAGUCUCUGUAACUGUCACCGGAAUAUGCACCGGUGGAAAGAACGUCUCUCGUGCCGAAGACAAUGGGUUUUGGAUCGAUGGUCCUCUUCCCGUUCCUCCUGUAUACAACAAUAUCAAGAAUGAGAAGACAGGAACAAGAUCGUUCUUGAAGAAGGGUGUAUACGUGGCAGAUAUUGGGACGAAGAACAGAAGGUACAGGAUCAAGAAGAAUGCUUUCGAUCUUUUAGCGAUGGAGGAUUUGAUCGAACCGGACAAGUUGAACUAUGUCAGGAAAUAUUUGCGUCUUAAAUCGACGUUUAUGUACUACGACUUCGACAAUCUCAUAUCAGCCGCCGCAGCUGAGGACAAGCAACCCCUCACCGAUUUCGCCAACCGACUGUUUGACAAUUUGGAGAAGCUGGAAGAUGCUGCCAAAACGAAGAACUUUCCUGAGACGGAAUCGUGUUACAAAGAAACGAAGGUACUUCUUCAAGAUGUUAUGGCCAAAAUGGCAUGAACCGGUUUAUCUGGUUUUUCAUUCGUCCUAUUAUGAUGG